CACCAUCGCCAGGGCCAACCCUGCACCCCUGCCCCCGGCUCCGCCACUCGGUGCUGCACGGCGGCACCUCCAGCCCCUCCUUACCCCGCCCCGGGCCGGGCAGUCGGGAAGCGACCGCAGCGCCAUGGGCUGCUCCAGCAGCGCCCGCAGCCGCCUCCCGGAGCCGCCGCCCCCCGGAGCCGCCGCCGGGCCGCCGCUGCGGGCAUCAUCAGGUGAGAACACCCAAACUGCAGACGAUCAUGAAACCAUAGCUGACCAAACGCAGUUGGACCCGUUGGAGGAUGUGAGUCUUGCCUCUGAGGAGACAAACCCGGGUGAGCAUCCGCCAGGAGAGGAGCCUGCAGCCGUGGUUCCAGCCCUGGAAGGAAAGAUUGAUUCGGUCGGUAAAAGGGAGGAGCCAGAGGGCACUGAGCCCCUGCCUGCAGGAGCGGAGGAGACCUCUGAGCUGCCAUCUGUGAGGCGGGAGGAGAGCAUUGGUCCUUCACCACCAGCACCAGGAGAAGACACUGGGUCACCAUCACCAGGACCAGCAGAGGACAGUGGGCUGGUAGAGGGCAGUGACAGCUCUGUAGUGGAAAUCAUCGAGAAAGUACAUAUUACUGAAGAGGACCACCUCAUUGAGGGUGAGAUGGGAGAACAGGUGGAAACUGAGCUGCUGAGUGAGUUAGUAAGUGGAGGGCCUGAAACAAAAGAAGAUGAAACAGGAGAAGCUGUGGAUGAUGCAGCAGCGACAGAGAUAGAGACAGCUAAUAACAAGGAAUAGAAGUUAUGUCUCUAUGACCAUCCUCAUCCUGGGCCUGCUCUUCUGUCCACAUGAACACUUUUAAAUUUUAUUGGGUUGGGAAAAUAGAAAAGCUUCUAUGGAUUGAGCCACAAGCCACAGACAAGAGGCAUCAGAAAAAGUUUUGUAUAAUAUGUAUUUUUUGAAGUCAAGCUGCCAAGGCUCCAAGUGUUUGAAAUACCUGAACUUUCACCUUCCUGCUCCAGAGGGCCUUCCGUACACAGCUAGCACAGGAGGACAAUUUUCCAAUGGCAGUGUGACCAUUCGGUUUUCAAUUAGGAUUUUUUCCAGGUUCAGAUAACUAGCUUCAAACCUUCAAAACUUUAAACCAGCAUUCUAUAGGGUAAAGAAUACAGUGUAGCUUUUUUGUUGUUGUUUAAUGGUAGUAUGCAGGCAAUUUCUUGGGUGCCUGUACUACCACUGUAUGGAGCUGCUGAAGUGUAAAGCAUGUAGAGGACUGGAAGAUCAAAGUGCCCAUCUACCAGGCUGUAACUAAAUGCAGAGGUUAUUCUUCCGGAAAAUGGAACAUAGACAAGGUGCAACGUUCAAGAACCAACUGGGUGUUUGCUGCUCGCUCUCCAUUUUUAACACAAUUUUAUUGCACAGCUAGUAAUACAACAUAUGUGGUGGCUUUUGCAAAAACAGGGAAAAGAGGACAUUUUUAACUAUGAGUUGGAUGUUUCAGGCUUAUGGAUUCUAGCAUCCUUAAAAUAUAAAGAUAACUUCACGGCUGUUAGCAUUCAUCAUGAUUAUUAACCUGUCAUUAGCUGUGUAACUCCUCAUACACAUUUGUAGCUUCUAAAAUAGAUUUCUAACCAGAGACAUAUAUAAGCCUGUUCCCAAAUGAGAAGUCCUCUAGUAUAUUUCCCUGUAAUGCUGUCCUCCAGAAGAAGUAAGCUAUCAGGGACUGUCUUGGUUAUUUUCCAAAAUGCUAAAUAAUCAUUUUGGAGCUGAAGAUGCGUGGCAAAGCUUGCAAACAAAUUUCCUGUGAAAACAGGCCCUGAAUAUAAUUGGUGUUAUGGAUCAGACAGAGAAAAGAAAUUUGUUCUGAUGGUGAAUGUUGCAAAGGCACGACACAUCAUUAUUGGGGUCUGUGUUUACAGGAUUCUCUGGCAUAAAGAGAUAAGGUCAGUUAUCUAAAAAUGACAAGCACAUGUUGGUAUUUUAUUAGCUUUAUUGUAUAAAAGGGCUUCACAACAUUUUUACAGUCACCAGAAAAUUAUACAAAUCCCCUGUAUGAGCUAAUUUUUGUGCUGCAUGUGCACAUCUGACCCCAGCUAACUUCAGUUUGUAUUAAAUAAUCUAAUUUAUAUCCUUGGCCUAUCAGCCUUUUCUAUAAGCUGAUAUUCCUUGGCUAAAUCACUAAAUCUAAGGUUUUCUGCUUAUCAGCACUCUUACAAACUUGUCAGCAUAAUUUAAUACCAGCUUCAUUUAAUGUUAGGAAACACCAUGAACUUAUAGAACCAAAAUGCAUACUUUUUUUUUUUAUUUUUAGGAUUUUUUGGUAGGUGGAUGUUGCAGAGUUUUUAUUUUCACUAGCCUUCUAUAACCACAGAAUCACAGAAUGUUAGGGAUUGGAAGGGACCUCAGAAGAUCAUCUAGUCCAAUCCCCCUGCCGGAGCAGGAACGCCUAGGUGAGGUUACACAGGAACAUGUCCAGGCGGGUUUUGAAUGUCUCCAGAGAAGGAGACUCCACAACCCCCCUGGGCAGCCUGUUCCAGUGCUCUGUCACCCUCACUGAGAAGUUUCUUCUCAUAUUUAAGUGGAACCUCUUGUGUUCCAGUUUGAACCCAUUACCCCUUGUCCUAUCAUUGGUUGUCACCGAGAAGAGCCUGGCUCCAUCCUCAUGACACUCACCCUUUAUAUAUUUGUAAACAUUAAUAAGGUCACCCCACAGUCUCCUCUUCUCCAAGCUAGAGACCCAGCUCCCUCAGCCUUUCCUCAUAAGGGAGAUGCUCCACGCCCUUAAUCAUCUCUGUUGCCCUGUGCUGGACUCUUUCCAGCAGUUCCCUGUUCUUCUUGAACUGAGGGGCCCAGAACUGGACACGAUAUUCCAGGUGUGGUCUCACCAGGGUGAUAGAAGUUGGGGGCACAGCCAGGGCCCAGGAAGCCCCAAGAACUUCCGCCAUCAGCUGCAUCUCAUGGCUGGUUUCCUUCUGCAAGCUGGGAAUUCAGCUCAGGCACCAUCACAGCCCAGCUCCCAAACACAGGCCAUGAAAUCAGUGGGGCAGCCCUACUGACUUCAUGCAAGUUGCAUGUUAGAUCAUAAGCUCCAGUUUGACCAGCUACGCUGGACAAUUUGAAAGCAUAAACCAUGAGGAGUCCUGUGUCAGAGAUCAGUAGUAUUAACAGCAACAGAGGAGACAGCACUUGGAAAUAGAAUAUGAAGAUACAAGGGAGUCAAGAUAACCUGCUCACCUCAGAGCACCUCUUUCUGCCACUGUUGUUAUAGGGCAGACAGAUGGCAAUAUAUGUUCUUACCUCACUGUUCGACUUUUUCAAAUCAUUAAGCAACGCUUAUUGGAAACAAGAGGAGUAUAAGCCAGGUAAUGACUCAACAGUGUCAGCCCUUCACAGUCAUCUUCAGUCCUUACAUAUUCUGUGAUUACAACAUAUUAAAGCUAUUUUGCUUUUUCCUUUCUAAAAUAUGAAAUAUGCUUGACACUGUACUAAACAUUAAAUGCUAAAUCACUUAAAUUGCCACAAGAUCAGAAUUUGGCUGCUAGAUGUAUGCUAAACACUCCUGCCUACUUGGGGGCCCGGUGUGCCUGGUCUGUGAGCUACCAAAGCACAUACUAUGCAUAAAGGGCCAAAAGGUGUGUGAUUAUUUGCCUCUGCAAACCUGCAGGCAUCACCGAGAUUGACAAGGGCAGAAAUUAGUCUGUGGUUCAAAGAGCUUUCUCAUGUUAAAGGCUGAGAAGUGGUUAUGCUCCUAUGUCUGUAUUUACCAGAUAUACCUCCAGAGAUAGGGCAAUAUGCUCUAGCUUUUUAAUUUUUUAAAAUUAUUAUUAUUUUUUUUACCAUAAUCACAAUACAAACCCAUUUUCAAAACUGUUUAGCAAACACUAGACAAUCUUCAGCCCUGAACUUCAUCUAAGGCAGAGGUAAUCAUUCCAUGCUGCAUGGUGUGCUGGGCAAGUCAGCUGAAGGAACGAUUUCCAAGCUAACAAGAAAGUUCUAGAAGGAAUUUUGUUUCAAUCACCAAUAAACAGAGCCCUAGAACAGGAAGAGGUUAAAUUUGCACCCUGUCAGCUCUGCGCAGAGGUGCAUGCAUGCUGUGUUUAGACAUGGGAAGGUACUUGGCAACCUGGCUGGGGCUGUCUCUUUCCCUCAAUGCUGAACUGCUUUCAGGUAAAAACUGCAGCAAGAGCAAGGUGCUUGGAGCAGAUUAGGGCAGUUUAAGUUUGGCUGUAUGUUUUAGCAGAGAACAAAAUUUUAUUGAAAUUAUGUACUGAGGUUUAUUUUUUCCAUUGUUUAAUCUGUAGGGAAUAUAAUCAUUUGGAGAAAAAAAUUACUAAAAGAAACACCUGAUAGAACAUGCAAAUUUAAGCAUUAUUUUACUUUCACAGAAAUAGAGGACUUUUUUUUUUUGAAGUUAUAUGUGAUUAAACCAAAUUUUCAAUGGUGAGAUUAGUUUGCCACAAGCUGAAUUGCAACUUCAUAUUUUGCAUGCAACAGCUCAGUCUAGCAAACAAAAGACUCUAACUUAGCUCUAGUUGACAGAGAUUUCUUAAAUGUUUGUAUACUUUGCUGAAAUAAGACCUAGGAGAUAUCCACAAUACUUGCUUGUCAUAUUGGGUCAUUAUGGGGCUUAGCCUUUCUAUCUUAAAUAAUAGAAUUCAAUAAUAGAACUUUCCUUAAAAAAUAAAAGUUUUAAACAUC